AAGCUCCUGAAUAUUUUUCUUUUAGGAGCCUUUCUUCCACCUCUGCCUGCCGCCCCUGCAUUGAGGCCUGCCGUUGCCGCCUCUCUCUCUCUCUCUCUGCAGGAGAAGGGAGGAGAAGAGAAGAAGGCAUCGCGUCGCCGUCGCCGUUGCUGUCGCCGGUCGGUUCCUCUCCGGGCGUAUGGCCAAACGUCCCACCGUGCCCAAGUUCGGCACCUGGGACAGCGACAAUGUCGGGUACACGGUCUACUUCAACAAGGUGCGCGAGAACAAGGGCGCCACAGCGCCGCCGCUGCACCGGCCGCACAACCCCAACGACCCCGUGGAGGGCCCCAUGAUGGCCGUCACUCCGUCGUCGAGGCCGGUGACCUCGAGUGGCCACCGCGAGCCGCCGCCGCUGAGGCGGCCGAGCGGGCAGAGCCACAGGCGAGUCGGGAGCAGUAGCGGCACGGCGUCCGACCCGAGCCGCAGGGGCGCCGAGCAGAGUAAGUUCGCGCCGCCGCCGCAGUACCACCCGCGUCCGGACCCCCGGCCGCCCCAACACCACGACGGGCACUACCAGCACCACCCCCCGACCGGGCACGGGGGCGGCGGCGGCCUCCGCGCCCCACAGGCGCCGAGGCAGCAGCACUACGCGGCGCCGGCGCUGCGGGCGCGGUCCGCCUCGCCACAGAGCAACGCGCCGAGGCCGUCGACCGUGCCCAAGUUCGGCGUGUGGGACGAGCAGAGCGCGGCGUCAGCCGCGCAGGGGUUCACGGUGCAGUUCGACAACGUGAAGCGGCACCGGGAGGUGGCCAGGGCCGCGGUGCCGGACGUACCGCGCGCGCCGUCGCCGCCGCCGGAGGGCGCCGCGGCGAGGCGCUCUCAUCGGGACACCCCCUUCCUGUCUAAGAUGUUUGGAUGCUUCCUCCCCACCGUCAGAGACUGAGAACGAUGUAUCUGAAUAUGCGAGCAACCUUGAUACGACAUUACUGGGCAGGGGCUGUAUCUUCCACAUUCCGUUCCCUAUGGUUGAUUUUUUUUAUGAGGCUAGUGUGUUCUUUUCAUUCAUUCAAUUGCUAUGUAACCAAAAUGGGGAGAAAAACAGCUAAAAGAAAGUGGGGGAGAAAAGAACAGGUUGAGUUGAGUGGAAGA